GUGUGCUAAUAGGAAGAACAUAGAGUGACCCUAUCUCGAACCCGAUGUCUUUCGAAUUAGAGCCAUAUUUAAUAGGCCCCUCAGUUACGAUGAUCGUUCUCAAAGGAGAUGAGCGACAACUCUAGUGGUAUCAUCGCUAAUCAAGGCUCAGAGCCUGGGCCAUGAGGCUCCCCCCACUUUCCAUCUCCAACCACCAUCAACCAUGACGAUCCCCGAGGAAAUAGCCCCAGCCGCCAAAGCACCGCCCAAAUGGAAGGUCUGUACAAGGAAACUGAGAACUCUACGGCGCCUCUUCCGAUCUUGCAGUAUUCCAAUCCGCCGCCGGCCUCCAACUAGCGUAACUAACCCCGCACCUUUCCCAUUCCUCCGCCUUCCGCGGGAGCUCCGCGACCAGAUCUACCGCGAGCUGCUAAUCGUCGACGACAACAAAAACAACAACAACAACAACAACAACAAGAACAAGAACAACAACAACAACGAGGACGGCGACAACGGAGGAGCCCUAUGGUUCCGCUACAGCCGCCGCCAACAACGCUGGUGGGACGCGACGCCCUACUGCCCGGCGGGCGGGGGGCCGCGCCGCCCUCGACCGCGCCUGACCCUCGGCCUGCUGCGGGUCUGCCAGCGCGUGCGCCAGGAAACGCUGCCGAUGGUGUUCGCGCACAACCAAAUCUGGCUGGACGCGUCGCCGGCGCGCUGCCUGGCCCUCCUCGCCUCUCUGCCCGGCUCGGUCUCCUGGGGCAUCCGCCACCUCCAGCUGUGGCUGGAUGUGUACCUGGACUGCGGGACGGCGACGGGGACGCUGCCGCUGCCGCACCAGACGCCCGACGCGCGCCGCGCUCCAGGAGUUGCGGCGCGAGCUGCGGCGGUCGUCCGGGUUUGAGGAGGUGGCGGUGCGAUGGGAGCAUUGCUUCUUUUUGUGCAGUGGUUGCGAGCAGUUUCCUACCACUAGCUUGGGGAUUGUGUUGCAGCGGCAGCGGAGAGAGCGACAGGAUGAUGAUGAUGAAGGGGCGCAGGGGGAUCUGGUGGUGGGUGCGGCGUUGCCUGACUAUCGGCCGGUUUACACCCUGCAGGAUAUAGUGUUUCCGAUGGUUUGUGGACUUGGGGAGCCGCGGCCGCCGCCGUCGCCGGAUAAUUGUCGUUGAGGUUGAUGCUGUGUGGUGCUUGGGGGUUUAUAGGUUCAGGGGGAAUGGGUGCGGUGCGCCCCUCGUAGAGCAUCCUCUGCUACGAUAAAAGGACCGAAGGACUCUGUCGGGUGUCCUGAACCUUCUCCCAAACAUAUUGCCCUACCUAUGAAGCUUGCCUUGAGAUUUGUAUCUGCUUGACAUCACGUAGGGGUAAAGCCUAAUG